CCGUCCUCCUAAAUAAGUGGUCGUAGACCGUUGAGUUCUUGAAUUCAUUUAUCAAAUUCAAUCCAGGAUUAGUUGUACUUGCUCCCGAGUGCUAGACCCGUAGUAACUUUCACUUGUGUUUACCCUACGACCCAAGAAAAGUAGAACAACAAACACCAAUACUACAUUCCUACCUUUCCAGUGGUGUAUUUGUAGAUUAUCGAAGGUCAACGUCAACGUUUAAGUACUAGUGCAACAAAAAAUAGAACGCUGUCUUUUUCCCUCUUCACCGUUAUGCUAACUCGUCUCAUUCUGAUGUCAGGAAGAUGUCAUGAACAUGGAUAUUUGGUUGUAACAAAAGCUUGUCCGACUGAAGGUGGUGUAUAAUUCAGUCGACCAAGGACAGGGUACUACAAUUGGUUUCGGAGUAUGAAGUUGAUGUCAUUGGAGGUUCGUUUUCUAUGUACAGCCGAGCUAGCUUAGGGCGUUGAAAAAAACAGAAUUGGAGGAGAACUGAGCCGAAAAAGCUCUCACUCAGAGUACAAUUGAGGAGGAUCAUGGAGAUGGACCAGAUGAAAUUUUUUUGAUUGAGGGGCAUCUACAAGAGGUGAGAUGUCAUUUAAGACAUUUUUCUUUCACAAUUAAUAGAAAGACUUAAUUGGAGUAGAGAAAGUGAAAGGAUCCCCAUGGUAUAACGACGACUCCCUCCCGUCUCAAACGCAAGCACAAAUCUCAUACUGUUCAUAGCAUUGAUUAAUUUAGCAUUCCCAGGUGGAACAUCAUCAUGGAAGGAGCGCUGUUAUUCCAAGAAUAGCCACUUAGCAGUUUAUAAGACGCGUGGUCGGUGGUCCUUGUUGGUGGAUCGCAUGGCGCGAAUGGAAUGCCUCACGUCAGUAGAUGGGCAUUUUUUCACGCGUACCAUGUGAUCCAUCCAAUGCGACCACGGAAAUCUUAUAAACUGCUCGCUUGAAGGAAAACAGAUUACGUUACAGACUCCACAUCACACGACGUGAGAAAAGGCGCAACAGAUAACGAUUUUUUUUUGGCGGAGUUCAACUCAGUUGAAUUUGGAUUUAGGAUGUUGUUCCUAGUUCAGAUUCACCAAAUAGAAGACAGACGUAAAUAAAAGCAAUAUUAAUAGUAACAAUAUCAAGAAGAAAUACUAACACAAAACAACAAGUAAUUCUGGAAAAGAUAACGACAAAAUCAAAAAGAAUCGAGAUCAUUUGGGAAACACAAGAGUCCAGACACCACGG